GAGACUGUCUCAGUUCACCUCCAGUUGCUCGCCACUCCAUUCAUAAACAAAUCACUCCAACUCAGGACCUCUCAGCUGCUACUGAACAACAACAAGCAGAGCUCGAUCUGUAUUUUGAAGUUUUCUCCCUCUAUCUUUUCUCUUUCUCUGUUCCCGUCCCUCUAUUGCUUUUUGCUCAACUCCCCCUCACAAUUCCCUCCCUCCUCUCCCUCUCCAGCUCACUCUUACUCUAGCUUCAGCCGGGCCGGACCACUGACUCUCUCCCUCUGUGUGAAUCUGUCAGGGAAGUAGUGUGUGUAUGUGUGUUUCUUUUUAAAUGUACAGCACUCUUUGGGAGCGGUGGGCAGGCUUUUUCAGAGUGUGAGAGAGGAGAGAAGACCCCCAUGGUGCUGUGAUUUGACUAAACAAACAGCCAGACUCAGAGCGGUACCUCCUCCAGCAGACUCCCGGGACAGCAGAGAUUAACCUCAGACUCUGAACAUCUGAGGGAUCUAUACAUCUGAGGCAGCAGCCCCUGUAGGGACAACCAGCUGGAAAUCUCUUCUCUGAUUUCAGAAGGAGGAGACGGGUUGCUGGCCGGCAAAGCUCCUCGGACAGAGAGGGAAGACUUGUCAAUGCUCCUAGGAUCAAUCUGAAGCAGAACAAAGUGCACUGAAGGCUUUGAACAUGAGGAGGGUGACGGCAUCCACGCUCCAUCUGACAGUCACAGUAAUAGCAACCCUCCUGUAUUUCUGCGCUGAGUUGCGCUGUCUGGAGAUCACACCUGAUGACAAAGAGCUUGUCCUUCUCAGGGGCUCCUCUGUCACCCUCAACUGCUCCGGCUCAGGGGAGACUACCUGGGAGUUCAAGAGGGAUGAUGUGCCCUACUUCCAAGUAGAACCAGAUAAAAAUGGUGGUCAGAGCUAUCAAAUUGUGCAAAGCAGCGGCACAACCAGUGUUUUGACCUUGUGGAAUGUGAGCUGGAAGCACACAGGGGUGUAUCAGUGCAUUGAUCGACAUGCUGGAGAAACUAAGGAGGUGGCUGUUUUUGUCCCAGACUCAGAUGUGUGGUUCAUAGAGAGCUCACACGGCAUGGUAACAAAGACCAGUGAGGAAAGCACCGUUCCCUGUGUGGUCACCAAUCCCAACAUCAAUGUCACCCUUUAUGAGAGGGACACCGAUCUGCCCAUCAGGGGGCUUUAUGUUGCUAGUGAGGGCUACAAGGCACUGCUGGAAGACAGGACCUACGUGUGUCGCGGAGAACUGAAUGGGGAGGUGAAAGAGUCUCAGGCCUUCUACGUCUUCAGCAUUGUUGUCCCAGAGGCCAUUGACGCCUACAUCAAUGCGUCAAAGACCGUCCUGAAGCAGGGCGAGCCGCUGACAGUAAAUUGCACAGUGCAUGGAGUGGAGCUAGUCUAUUUUUCAUGGGAUAUCCCCAACGGAGAGGAUUUGGAGGUUGAGCCUUUGACAGACGUCCUGUCAGCCAUGAACAUGCGGUCCUGCCUGAUCUUCCCCCGUGCCACAGUGGCCCACAGCGGAAACUACGUCUGCCAUGUCCACGAGGGUGUCCAAGACCAGACUGCCUCUGCCAUGGUCAACAUCACUGUUCUCGAGCGAGGCUUUGUGGAUGUGAAGCCUGCUCAGAAACUAAACAUUUCAGCCAAGUUGCAAGAGAACGUGGAGCUGAGAGUGGAGAUUGAAGCCUACCCUCCACCUCAGGUCCAAUGGAGUAAAGACGGCGCCAUCAUCAAGGGAGACAAAACCAUCACAACUAGACAAGAGCAUGAAAUUAGGUAUGUAACUAUUCUCACUUUGGUGAGGGUGAGGGUGGAGCAGAAGGGCCUCUACACCGUGUUUGUCACAAAUGGAGAUGACAUAAAGGAAGUGACCUUUGACCUGGAGGUCCAAGUUCCCUCUCAGAUUAAAGACCUGACGGACCACCACCUCCCUGGGAAGAGACACUUGGUGACCUGUGUAGCUGAGGGGGUCCCAACCCCGACCAUACAGUGGUACAGCUGCGACAGCAUGCUCAAGUGCAGCAACCAGACAGCGAUGUGGCAGCCACUGAUACCAGAGCCAGACAUACUGACCAUCCAGACCAACGUCAGCUUCAGUGAGACACGUAAAACCAGCCAGGUGCGGAGCCAGGUGACGUUCCACAAGCCCCAGCAGAUCACAGUCCGCUGUGAGACCAGCAACCCAGCAGGACUCGUCGACAAAAGAGACGUCAAACUCGUGUCCAGCACACUGUUCUCCCAGGUGGCAGUAUUGGCUGCUGUUUUGGCCUUAGUGGCCAUCAUUAUUAUGUCUAUCAUCAUCCUCAUCGCUGUAUGGAGGAAGAAACCUCGCUAUGAGAUCAGAUGGAAGGUGAUAGAGUCUGUGAGCCAGGACGGUCAUGAGUACAUCUAUGUGGACCCCAUCCACCUGCCCUAUGACCUGGCCUGGGAAAUGCCACGAGACAACCUGGUGCUGGGUCGCACUCUUGGAUCAGGAGCCUUUGGCAGGGUGGUCGAGGCAACUGCGUAUGGUCUCACUCAUUCCCAGUCCAGCACAAAAGUAGCUGUGAAAAUGCUGAAAUCCACAGCCAGGAGGAGUGAGACUCAGGCUCUGAUGUCAGAGUUGAAGAUCAUGAGUCACCUGGGUCCUAACCUCAACAUUGUGAACUUGCUAGGAGCUUGCACCAAACAUGGCCCUCUGUAUCUGGUGACCGAGUACUGCCGCUAUGGCGACCUGGUGGACUACCUGCACAGGAACAAGCACAGCCUCCUGCAGUACUACGCUGAGAAGAACCAAGACAGUGGCUGCCUCAUCUCUGGAGGAAGCACUCCGCUCAGCCAGAGGAAAGGCUAUGUGUCUUUCGGAAGUGAGAGUGAUGGAGGAUACAUGGACAUGAGUAAAGAUGAGCCCUCAGUCUACGUGCCCAUGCAGGAGCAGAUAGACUCCAUCAAGUAUGCAGACAUCCAGCCCUCUCCAUACGAGUCUCCCUACCAGCAGGACAUCUAUCAGGAACAAGGUGGCGGUAGAUUGGACCUGGCCAUCGGUGACUCUCCCAUUCUUACCUAUGAUGAUCUUUUGGGCUUCAGCUACCAAGUUGCAAAAGGGAUGGAGUUCCUCGCCUCUAAGAAUUGCGUCCAUCGUGAUCUCGCUGCCAGGAAUGUGUUGAUUUGUGAGGGCAAACUGGUGAAGAUCUGUGACUUCGGCCUGGCCAGAGACAUUAUGCAUGACUCCAACUAUAUCUCUAAAGGCAGCACCUUCCUUCCCUUGAAGUGGAUGGCACCAGAAAGCAUUUUCCAUAAUUUGUACACCACCCUGAGCGAUGUGUGGUCAUACGGCAUUCUUCUUUGGGAGAUUUUCACACUUGGAGGAACCCCCUACCCUGAUUUGCCCAUGAAUGAGCUGUUCUACAGCGCUUUGAAGAGAGGCUAUCGAAUGGCCAAACCGGCCCACGCUUCUGAUGAAGUUUAUGAAAUCAUGAAGAAGUGCUGGGACGAAAAGUUUGAGAAAAGGCCUGAAUUCUCCUUUCUGGUCCACAGUGUGGGGAACAUGCUGACAGAUAGCUAUAAAAAGAGAUACAACCAAGUCAAUGAGAACUUCCUGAAGAGUGACCACCCAGCAGUGGCCCGCACCAAACCCCGUCUCUCCUCGCCCUUUCCGAUCGCCAACCCAGCAUUUGGCUCCCCAUCCCCCGUCACCCUCUCCUUCCCCUCAGACCCCUCCAACCAGAGCCAAAGCCCUGGAGAAUUCAGACAAGAGGCAGAGACACAGGAAGUCAUAACUUCAUACAACGAAUACAUCAUUCCAAUCCCAGACCCCAAGCCGGAGGAAGUUUUCACUGACAUGCCAUCGGAAAGCCCUGCAAGCUCUCUGGCUCUGGAGGAGGAGACGGACUCCAUGUCGCAGGACACGGCUGACACUCUUCCAGAGGAGGACAGGCUGGAGGAGACCAGCGAGAGAGACGCUCUGCUGGGCUUCUCAGGGACGCCCGAGGUAGAAGACAGUUUCCUGUAGCCACAUGUGGGAACCCCUGAGAAAACAGAGAUCUUUUCUGGGAAUUUCUUUGUUUUUUGAACAUGUCUGAAAAAGGGAACGUGACUAAAGUAGAAUGUAGCAAAAUUGAGACUGAGAAGGCAAUCUUUGUAUUCCCACUAAGCACUCGAAAAGUUUUGCCGUUCGUUGAGUUGUUGUAUCACACUUAGUACCUCUGAAACUACAAACUGAUUAGAAAUAUUGAGCAUGAUGUUCACAUCCAGUCAGUUAUUGGAGUUAUUGGCUUGCCACAAUAUAAAUACGGUACUCUUUUCACACUCCUAUAGAAUUAGUUUACAGUAAGUAAAGCUGUGUUUGUUUGUUUUUUCCAUUUGAGACUUAUGAAGCCUUAUUAGAAUAGAUAGCCAUAUGUCCCUUUUUGGCUGUUACUACGUUAUCCCCCCUUUACUGUUCACAGUGUUGAUUUUUAGAAAAGCGGGUAAUUGUUUUAUUUUUUUCUGAAUAAUUUUAUUAGUUUUAAAAACACAAAAUGAUUUACACAACACUAAAACAACAAACCAUAAACAAAUUUAGACACAUGAAAACAAAAUACUGUCCAAACAAGAACAAUAUAACACUUCACAUUAGUGUAAGUAAUUGGAAUUAUGCCUGAAACGAUGACCCCGGCCUCCAUGCCUGGUCAUGGUUUCACGGUUUCGUUAGCAAGUGAAUUAAAACCUUGUUGCGAUUUUUCCUUACCGUAAGUACGACCAACAACUGUAUUCACAGUAUUAUGUAAAAUGACUUGUAAUCCAGACAGAUUCUACAUGCACUGUUUUACUAUGAAAAAUGAUUUCUUUAGCUACAUAUGCCAUUUUCUUUUUUGUGAGAAUUAUAUGAAAUGUAUUUGUUUGUCAUUUUUUGUCUUAUGUAGGUUUAUUUCAUAGUUCUGUGCCAGAUUUGCACUUUAUUUAGAAAAAAAUGUGGAUAUUCAUAAUGAAAAUAUAAAUAUACUACUACUACUCAAUAAAGAUAUAAUAAUUCAACUGAGGAUCGACUUUAGACAUUUGGCUGUCAUAGUAAAUCAGUUUCUGUGAUGACAGGUGAAAAUAAUAAACACAGCGUAUCACUGCCAUAGGACAAGAUGGCACACGAGUGCCUUUGUAUAUAGACUGACAGAUUUUUGUCUUGCAGCUAUUGUUGCUUGCUGAUAUAAAGGGCUACUGUACUCAAGAGACCUAGAUAGCCAUAUGUGUACAUUUAAAAAAUAAUGCUUUUAGUCUUUUGUUGCAUUGCAUAACAUUCACUUACACAAAGUUUCAACUUCCAAUACUUAGUCCACCAUAUAAAACAACACAUUGUAAUUUUCUGUAGCAAUUUAAAAUGCACAAGAUCACUGUAUCACAAGCUAUGGUACCAAAGCAGUUCUUAACGUUUACAAAUGUAUUUUUUAUAUGUGCCAUUUUAUAUGUUGUAAAUGUGACAAUAAAUGUGUAUUAUCAUAGUA